AGGUAGGUCAUUAGAUCUGCUGGGUUUCUUGCGUCUUCCGUGUUCCCUGUAAUUCUAGCUAAGCUCGAUACCUUCCCUGCUUCCCGUUUUGCUUACGACGACGUUUCCAGCUUCACACUUUUAACCAAUUUCUUAAUUUACGGUUUCGGAAUUUUACCAAUUCAUUCUCAGAUUUUCACAAAAUUUUCUCCCAUCGCACCCAAAGAAAAAUGAUAGUAUUUAUCACAAAAAUGUGUUGAAAUUACGCGAAUUUUUCAUUUUUAGGAAAAAUUGUUUUUAGAUACAAUUGUAAACAAAAAAAAUGCCUGGAAAAUCUGGGCAAUCGUCUUACCGGGACCGAACGCAGGAGUUUUUGAGCGUAGCGGAAACGCUAAAAAAGUCAUUUCCAUCGUCCAACAAUGCGGCGUUGAGUAAUAGUAGCAGUAGCGUCGGCGGGAAGACCGAGGAUCGGAGAUCUGCAGUGGCGGUUCAUUCGGAGUUCAACAAAAGGGCCUCGAAGAUCGGGUUCGGUAUCCACCAGACAUCGCAGAAGCUAGCCAAUCUCGCAAAGCUGGCAAAGAGAACAUCAGUGUUUGAUGAUCCAACUGCUGAGAUCCAAGAACUGACAUCUGUAAUAAAGCAAGACAUUACUGCACUUAAUUCUGCUGUAGUGGACCUCCAACUGCUUUGUAAUUCACAAAAUGAAAGUGGGAAUAUCUCCAGUGACACCACAACCCAUUCAACAACAGUUGUAGAUAACCUAAAGAAUCGACUAAUGAGCACCACUAAAGAGUUUAAAGAAGUCCUCACCAUGCGAACAGAGAACAUCAAGGUUCAUGAGAAUAGAAGGCAAUUGUUUUCUUCAAAUGCUUCAAAAGACUCUACAAAUCCUUUUAUUCGCCAGCGACCACUGGCUACUAGAUCAACAUCUACUUCAUCAUCAGGUCCUCCCCCCUGGGCUAAUGGUCCCACAUCAUCAUCCCAGUUAUUUCCGAGCAAGCUGGCAGAUGGGGACUCUCAGCCUUUAUUACAGCAGCAGCAUCAACAGCAACAGCACCAGCAGUUGGUUCCCCUGCAAGAUAGUUACAUGCAGAGUCGAGCUGAAGCUCUUCAUAACGUGGAGUCAACAAUUCAUGAACUUAGCAAUAUCUUCACACAGCUAGCAACCAUGGUUUCUCAACAAGGGGAGCUUGCAAUCAGGAUUGACGAGAACAUGGAUGAGUCACUGGCAAAUGUGGAGGGGGCACAGAGCCAGUUGGUCCGAUACCUUAACAGUAUUUCAUCCAACCGUUGGCUGAUGAUCAAGAUAUUCUUUAUAUUGAUUGUAUUCCUCAUGUUUUUCUUAUUUUUUGUGGCAUAAAUAUAUUGAAGGAAAUAGAAAAUUAAAGGAUAUAUGAGUUCUCUCUCUCAAUAUAUAUAUAUGCAAUCUCAGGGUACUUUCACCCCCAUUUUUGAGUAGUAAA